AUGUUGCAUAGAGUAGAUUGGUUGUCCCCAGAUGCAAGUUUAGUUUUGAAGUUUAAUGGAAUAGUUUUGAUCUCGAAACGUAGGCCAUGUGACGCUGCUCACGCCUCUACUCUUUUAUAUGAACAUAUAACGAGUCUGAACCUUCCCACUAUUACGCUUACUCAUCUAGUCCCAUGUCUUUUGUUGGGCGAUGCAUCUCAACCCUCUUGGAUUUGUUGGAUAAAACCGUUUCGGCUUGCUCGAUCAACCUCCUUCUCAAGCCUUCUUAAACCGAAUAAUCUUGGUCUUUUGAUUAGAAGAUUAUAUGCGCUUUGGACUUGUCAUCUUCUUUGCCGAACGCAUCAAGCUUACUCUUCUAAGGAGAUACCUUCCCUGAAACCUUACUCCUCUAAGGAGAUAUCUUCUCUAAAACUUGAACCUGGGAAAAAGCCUCAACGAAAGCUUAUAUGCGUCGAUCGCACGAGCUUAUUAUGA